AUGGGAAACCAAAUCAAUGACUCCUUUUAUUUACUGCUCUUGCCGAAAGCCAAGCUGACCAAGUGGUGCGACGGUCUGCACUGCCUACGGCGCGCUGGCCACAUCAUUGCCACUCCUUUCUCACCAUGGCGGUUCUUCUUCCACCGCUUCUACCUCUUCUGCCACUUCUACCUCUUCUGCCGCUUCUACCUCUUCUGCCGCUUCUACCUCUUCUGCCGCUUCUACCUCUUCUGCCGCUUCUACCUCUUCUGCCACUUCUGCCGCUUCCACCGCAUUGACCUCUUCCACCGCUUCAGCCAGGCCCCUGAUUUGGAAGGGGACGACAUUCUGCCCCUGAUUUGGAAGGGGGCGACAUUCUUGAAAUACUCCGUCAAACUGCGCCCUACCAUGCUCAAGGGGAAAUUAAUCGGUGACGCAGGAGCUUCGGGGAAAAUCGUGUACAAGGGAGUGAGGUACGCCGCCUUCUGUCCCCUCCUUCACUUGUCCCCUUUGGCGCUGACACUUGCCCUGUGA